AUAACCUCACCCUCAGGACUAAUCUCUUUCUUCAUUCUCCCGUGCAAUUAUGAUGACUUCUUUCUUCAAAACUUCAGUCAUUGAACUGAAAGCAGUGCAGAAAUCAUCUCAUGUUCAUAGAAAUGACCAUGGACAUGGCACUAACAUCUCUACUUCCUUGUGGAAGAGGAAGCACACUGGCAUCUUCUGUUGCCAGAGUGGUGAAAGUGAUAGAGCUUUGAUGCAGCAAUCGAAGACUCAAAAAGUUAGAGCUUUGAAAGAGAUGGCAGUGUCCACCACCACCACCACCCCCAAUACUUCCAUCACUAAUGGUCUUGGAAUUCUUCAGUUCCUUGCAGGGAAGACCUAUUUUAUAACUGGUGCAACUGGGUUACUAGCCAAAGCUGUUGUUGAGAAGAUACUACGAGCAGCACCUGAUGUCGGUAAAAUCUUCGUCUUGAUCAAGGCGAAGAACAAGGAAGCUGCAGUGGACAGAUUGAAAACUGAGAUCAUAAAUUCAGAGCUAUUUGAGUGCUUGAAACAAAGGCAUGGGAAGUAUUAUCAAGAUUUCAUGCUAAGCAAACUGGCUCCUGUUGUUGGGAACUUGUGUGAGUCUGAUCUUGGCAUCGAUGCAAAUUUGAUUUCAGAGAUUGCAGAGGAAGUUGACGUUAUAAUAAAUUCAGCAGCCAAUACAAAUUUUGAGGAGAGGUAUGAUGUUUCUCUCCAUGCAAACACAAUAGGACCUUGUCGACUAAUGGACUUUGCAAAAAAGUACUGCAAGAAUCUUAGAGUUUUCCUACAUGUAUCAACCGCUUAUGUUAAUGGAGAAAGAGAGGGAAUGAUCACGGAGAAGCCCUUCUACAUGGGAGAGAGCAUAGCAAGGGAGAAGGUCGCCUCUGAACUCUUACCAUUAUCAUACCCUGCGUUGGAUGUUGAUGAUGAAAUAGAGAUAGCUUUGGAUUCAAAGGUGGCUUUUGAAGGCAACUUAGAAGAUCAGAAGAUGAAAGAAUUGGGUUUGGAGAGGGCAAGUAUUCAUGGAUGGCAUAACCCAUAUGAGUUCACCAAGGCCAUGGGGGAGAUGAUGAUAAAUAGCAUGAGAGGAGACAUACCUCUGGUCAUUAUUCGUCCAACCGCCAUCGAAAGCACCCUCGAAGAUCCUUUCCCUGGAUGGAUACAAGGAAACAGAAUGCUGGACCCAAUGAUUUUAUCCUAUGGAAAAGGCAACCUCCCAAGCUUUUUAGUGAAUCCAGAAGCAGUCAUUGAUAUGAUUCCCGUCGACAUGGUUGUGAAUGCAAUCAUAGCAGCAAUGGCAAAGCAUGGGAUUGCAGGAAAACCAGGCAUCGAAGUCUACCAUGUUGGUUCUUCUGCUGUAAAUCCGCUACCGCUUGGUGACUUGUUCAAGUACUCCUAUGAGCACUUCAUUUGUUCCCCUAUUAAUAUGGACACAGAAGGGAAGACAGUGGACAUGAAGGAAAUGAAGUUUUUCAGCUCAAUGGAUGACUUCUCCUCUCAUAUGCAAACAGAGAUAGUUCAGCAAAGGAGGUUGGCGAUUUCAGGCAAUAACGCAUCUCAAAGGCUCGAAAGGAAGUGCAAAAUGAUAGUUGAACAUGCUAUAAACUUGGCUAGGGUAUACCAGCCCUAUAUGUUCUUUAGAGGAAGGUUUGACAAUAGCAACACCCAUAAUCUAAUGGAAGGCAUGUCUGAAGAAGAGAUGAAGAGAUUUCGACUUGAUGUUGAGAAUGUGGACUGGGAAGACUAUAUCACCAACAUUCACAUUCCAGGCCUGAAGAAGCAUGUUAUGAAGGGUAGAGGAAUGCCUAAAUAAUUACUGAUCUAAUCUACUUGUAUUUGCAUCUUCAAUCUGUUUCCAGUAAUAAAACACCUUGGAUGAUGUCCCAUGAAUUUGAUGGAGAGAAACUGCAACUUAUUAUA